CUCCCCCACCCCGUUCCCAUCCGCCCCUCAGUUCCAGGUUGGCCCCGGAGCAGCGGCAGCCGCCGGAGAGGAGCGCGAUCCCCAGACGUGACUGAUCUAUGAAAUGGCAGAGAAUGGAACAGAUUGUGACCAGAGACGGAUGGGAAUGAGCAAAGAGCAGCACAAUGGGAACUUCACAGAGUCCUCUUUGAGUGAACGAAAGCGAAGGGACCGAGAAGAGAGGUUGAACAUUGUCCUGUGGAAACAGCCACGUGUUACCUUGCAGUAUUUUCUCCUGGAAACUCUACUAAACUUGAAGGAAUGGACCAUAAAAUUGUGGCAUCGGCGAAGUAUCUUGGUGUCCUUUGUCCUGAUGCUUGCAGUGCUCACAGCCACCUAUUACAUUGAAGGAACACAUCAACAGUAUGUCCGAUAUAUGGAGAAAAAGUUCUUCUGGUGUGCCUACUGGGUAGGAUUAGGCAUUCUGUCCUCUGUUGGACUUGGAACAGGUCUCCACACCUUUCUGCUCUAUCUGGGUCCACACAUAGCAUCAGUCACUCUUGCUGCAUAUGAAUGUAACUCAGUGAAUUUUCCUGAGCCUCCUUACCCAGACCAAAUUAUCUGCCCUGAGGAGGAGACGACUGCAGGAUCCAUCUCUUUAUGGAAUAUCAUCUCAAAAGUCAGGCUGGAGGCCUGCAUGUGGGGUGCUGGCACGGCCAUUGGAGAGCUGCCUCCAUAUUUCAUGGCGAGGGCAGCCCGACUCUCUGGUGCUGAACCUGAUGAUGAAGAGUACCAGGAAUUUGAGGAGAUGCUGGAACAUGCAGAGACUGCACAAGAUUUUGCUUCCCGGGCUAAACGGGCUGUCCAGAACCUGGUGCAGAAGGUUGGGUUCUUUGGCAUUUUGGCCUGUGCUUCAAUUCCAAACCCUCUGUUUGACCUGGCUGGGAUAACAUGUGGACACUUUCUGGUUCCCUUCUGGACCUUCUUUGGUGCAACCUUGAUUGGGAAAGCAGUAAUUAAAAUGCACAUCCAGAAACUUUUUGUUAUUAUCACAUUCAGCAAACAUAUAGUGGAGCAGAUGGUGUCCCUCAUUGGUGCUAUUCCAAGUAUAGGUCCUUCUCUUCAGAAGCCAUUUCAAGAAUAUUUAGAAGCUCAGAGGAUAAAACUUCACCACAAAGCUGACAGUGGAGUGCCACAGGGGGAAAGCUGGCUAUCCUGGAUAUUUGAAAAAUUGGUUAUUCUCAUGGUUUGUUAUUUUAUCUUAUCUAUAAUCAACUCCAUGGCCCAAAGCUACGCCAAACGACUGCAACAGAAGAUGUACUCUGAAGAAAAAACCAAAUAAGCUUGGGGAAAAAAACCCUCGGAAUGGGUUUGAGCAGACAGGAAAAAUGACACAUCUUUCUAUAUGUUUAAAAAUCAGCAUUAUUCAAAAUGGGGAAAAAACUUUUUAACAUCAAUUUUCAACUUUAAAAAGUUUUUAUUUCAUGUUGAAAGUAAUUUGGAUGUUAGAGCAGAUGUUUCAUUGACAAACUCAUAAAUGUUAAGGUAAGGUAUGAAUGCUUUACGUGUCUGAUUGUAUGGGCUGGACAAUGGGAUGUUAAAAGGAGUUUAACACAAAUGUUGCCCACCCAAAUUACUUUCAAAACUGAUGAUUUAAUACUCUCCAUUUCCUGAUUUAACUUCAGACUGACCUAAGGAUAAUUUUUUAUUUUGAAGGGUGGCUCUUUUUGCUUUUUUCCAUAACUUUCAAGACCAUCAAAAUGUAUAUAAAUGAACACAGAUUGGAUACAAACUCUUGCAUGUCCCUCAUGGUAAGGCAAUUCCAUCUGAAUUCUCCAGUGUCCCAUUGCAUUGCACGUGCUCCUGGUUGGACAAGCCACCCCUUUAAACUUUAUGAUGUUAGCAGAGAUGAUUUGAUGUCAAAAUGCUGAAGAUGACAUUUUUUAUUAUGUAUAUUUAGAAUGGAGUUAAGAUAAAACUUUAUAAAGCCAUCUUUGAUCAUUCCAGAAUUUCUUGUGUCAGUCUUUUUAAGCAGUCUGGUUUCCUCCCCACUUUUGGAUGCUGAGUUUUCUUAGUUCCUUUAUUAAGCCUUAAUCCCACGAGCUGCAUGCUUUACUCAUCCUUCCUGCACAAAUGGUGCUGAGCCCUUUGUUCUUUUUUUUUUUUUUUCUUAAGAACUGACUUAGCAGCAGGAAGCAGGGAGCUCUUUGCUCAGUUGGAGUGUGGCUGACUGGUUAAAUCAGCCCAGUGGUAUCAGCUGCCAUCAGCUCUUCUCACAUGUUUGUCACUGACCACAGCACUGUGGGCAGGGAAGGGGGGGAAGAGUAAAGAUUCCAGCUGAAAACAGAUUUGAUGUUAAACCCAGCAACGAAGCAAUGUUCAGAGAACAUUAACCUCAGGCUUUUCAAGUCAGGUAUUUUUAGACCAGUCAUAAAUCAGUGUGUGUUCCAGUUCUACCCUGCAUGAACGGAGCCAAUAUUAAAAUGGAUCUUUUCCCUCUUUAUAAGUAGGUAUCUGUUCCACUGUUGCUGUUAUCUGUAUCCCUCCUCUAAUCACUUUCUGAACGAUUUUUUAUUUUUAUCCAAGGGGUAAGUAACAAGAAUGAAGCUGACUUUCAAUGAGUGUUAUCAAGAGGUGAGCUGUGAGCACAAAGCAGGUUGAACUUUGGCGUAGGGCAGGUUUAUCCCUGCGUGAGGGGAGGGCAGAUCCUGCAGGUGGGUGUGAGAAAUAUCUGUAUUUUGUUGAGUCCUGCCUGAAUGUCCUCUUGUGUUGUUGCCAACUGUCGUGACAUCUCCAUGGCUGUACCAUCCUGUCGGAUAGCUUAUCAGACUGAUGUUGACUGUUGGAUCUCAUGGCAACAACAGUCGGUAGGCUGUCUGACAUUUUGGUAUCGUUCAUCUGACCGUUCCCUCAUCCAUCUCCAACUGUUUCUCAUUGAACAUCAGUAGCAUAUCAAUGUUUGGUCAAGUUUAGAUGGAAAUGAGCUCAGAAGCCCUGCAGUGCAGCCCUCUGCACAAGGAACAUCUUUUAAAAGUUUCAUCUCGGUUGUGUGUGAGGUCCGCAGGGUUUCUCCUGUAUGCUUCAUCUGGGACUUUAAACAAUGUUGCUGAGUGAGUGGAGUCUGAACAGAAACUUCCCUCAACAGAGCUGCUGAGUAGAGGAAAUCUCAAAACCUACAAGUCAAGUCCUGAGUGCUGGGAGGGAGUGCAAGACAAAAGCACAAAGACCACUUGUUUGUGCCUCCUGCUUUUCAGAAGAUUCAGUAUUCCUUAAAUCUUGGCCUAGCAGCUUUUUUUUUUUCACUUUUUGGCCUAAAUGUUGCCUUUAAAAUAACGUAGCAAAGAGUUUGUUCAAAUACAAUCCAGAAUCAGAAAAUCAGAGCUGUUUGACACUUCACUUCUUGCAGUCUUACUAAAACUUUAUUUUUGCACUCUGGAAGAGAUCAUAUAAGCAGCUCGUGGCUGUUUGUUUCAUUUUUCUUCAGGACAUUUGGAUUGCUGACACUUGGCUCCUUCUCCCAGUUUUAGUGGCAGCUUUUUCCCACUGAUCUGCCACUCACCUUGGGGACAACUGGUAUUCCCAGCACAAAGUUCCAGUAGUGUCUUCAGGCUUUCUGUGUGAGUAAAUUAAAUUCAUGCCACAGAGCCCCACUGUGUGCUGUCAGAUUGGAAUGAGGAGACAAGCAAGUAACAAUAAAGUAAAAAGAAAUU